UCAAACAACAGAGGUAUUGUUAUUUGCUGAAAGACACACCUGUUGGAUCCGUUUUGUUUCAUCCCUGUUCUUGCUGGAGAUUUCUCGAUGUGACAUUGUGCAGCGACUCGGUCAGGAGCUCACUGGUUUGCAGAGAAGGAUGAGCAGCUUUCUGUACUUCAUCCUCCCCGCUCUGGGUGGAUACACUCUCACCUCGCUGUACCUGCUGAAGAACCCGCUGAUUCUCCACAAGAGGAAACGCACCGGUUUUUACUGCACACACAUCUCACACAGAGGAGGAUGUGGAGAAAGGAUAGAGAGCACGAUGGAGGCGUUCACAAAUGCGAUGGAGCAGGGCACUCAGAUGCUGGAGAUGGAUUGUCACUUGACACGCGAUGGACACGUGGUGGUGUCACAUGAUGAGAAUCUGCUGAGGCAGACCGGCCGCGACGUCACCAUCUCCUCACUCAAUCUGCAGGAUUUGCCUCUGUACAAAGAGAAGCUGGAGGUGACAUUUUAUGCAGGUCGCUACAGCAGCGGUGCAGACAGGAAGUUCGCUCUGCUGGAGGACGUGUUCAGGAAGUUUCCUGAGAUGCCUGUCAGCAUUGAGAUUAAAGAAAACAACAAGCAGCUGAUAGAAACGGUCUCUGACUUGGUGAGACACUACAACAGGGAGGAGAUCACCGUCUGGGCCACUGUGAACUCCAGGAUCAUGAAGGAAUGCCGCGAAACGAACAGCUCCAUGCCGUACAGCUUCACUGUGCACCGAGGCAUCCUGCUGCUGCUCCUCUUCUACAGCGGCCUGCUGCCCUUUGUGCCUCUGGGAGAGAGUUUACUGCAGUUCUACCUGCCAUGCAUCAUCAACAGGACGUUUAUUCCUAAGAAGCACAUCUUGAGGAACACGCUGGUCAUCUCUUUGUUAGAAAAAGUAACAAUGAGGAAGAGUCUUUUUAAUCACCUUGCAGCUCGUGGAAUUCAGGUGCAUUUGUUUGUGUGCAAUAAAGAUGAAGACAUUAAGGCUGCAUUUGAAGUGGGAGCCACGGGAGUGAUGAGCGACUAUCCAGCUCUGCUGUCGAGCUACCUCUGCAGAAACAGAAGUCAGGAUUGAAACACCCUCAUGUGACAACAAAUAUUAAUUUAGCUCUCUGAAUGUGUAAAGAAAAAACUGUGAAAGAUAAGUAAAUAUAUGAAGUGUGAAACCUAUUUCCUCCAACCUGACCAGAUUAGUUGCAGAGUUGUUGGUCUAACUGUUAAACACAUCCAGUGCAAACAAAACUAUCGUUCAGCUCUUUCUUAGUCACUGCUGAUAGAAUUAUCAGCAAGAGGUUUAUUUCUACAGCCUCCACCCAAAACCAGUCCCAGCCGAGAGUUUAAAGGAAUACUUCACCCACAAAAUAAUCAUUUGUAUAUCAGUUGCUCACCCUGUAGUACCUUGAAUUUAUCAAGAAAACUUUGUUUAACUCGUGUGCUUCCACAAAGAGUCAGAAAACGACAAAACUCAUGAUGAAAUGGGGUAGAAAGGGAUCCGCCUUUACUACACUGAAGAUUCAGUUUUAGGGCUUUUUGUUGCCAGUGUUAUAGAUCAGCUGCUCUCUGCCUUUAAUGCCCCCCAGCAAGGCGCCAAAAUACUACAUCAUCAAAAUAUCACACUCACCCCACACAUGGUCACGGCUUUGCGGCUUUACGAUUUACACAAACUUCAUUAUGGAGCUGUUACAAGCUCCGAUCCCGGCUCAGAAGCGAGACCACUCUGUCCCUCCUUUCUGUGAUUGGACGUUAUAUACAGCACGGCAAGGCGGCAUAAUGGCGUGAAAUUCCCACCUUUAACAUGCAGUGUAAAUGCAGAGAGGGGGAGUAACGUGCCUGGACAAGUGUGUGCGUCUGAACUGCGCUCAUGCAUUGUAUUGAGCAGUUUAAACAUGCUCUAGUGUUCCUGGUGUGAGAUUGUUUAUGUUUAUGAUUCUGUCCAGUUUAUAGAAUAAUUGGAAAUAUAUAUGAUUUUUCAAAUGCAAGUUUAUCUAACGUGGCCAAUAUAAAUUUCUCAUUUAUCAAAAGCAUCUUCAGCAUCAAGUAACACUGUUGUGGUUCCUAAAUGGUUAAUUUUGGAUGGAUAAUGUGUGUGACCCAGAGCUUUACUCAUGAUUUUAUUCUCUGUGUUGAUGAGUGAAGUGAGACAGCAGCUGGCUAGUUGAAAAAAGUAAGAUGUUAGUGGCAUUCAUUUUUGUUUGCAGUCUGGAGUUUUGUUUUAUCUCAGUUGUAAGUUUGUGAGAGAGCAACGCUGCCACGGUGUUUGCAGCUGGAGUGAAUGUUUAACCAGCUGGAUCAAAUCACCUGACGCCCUGUUUGAUAAAAGUAAACGUGACUUUGUUUUGACUGUGUCUGCUAUUUUCUGACAAUAUUUGAGUGGUUUGAGUAAAUGCUGAGAAAUAAAUUA